AUGAGUUCUUCCAGGGGUCUUCAGUCCAUUCGCCCGGUCUCCAAGACUUUCAAGGCGCUUCCAGCUGCGUACGCUGGUGCGCAGGUCGCGUCGAGGAGGCAUGCAGGAACCAUUGCAAACUUCAAGAUCCCGACUAUCAACAACGAGCCUAACCAACACUACACCAAGGGCUCCGUAGACAGGAAGAAGCUCCAGGAUGCACUUUCAGCUCUUAAGAAGAAGGGCGCCGUCCAGGUUCCUCUGGCCAUUGGUGGCGAGCACAUCAACAACUCCUCCAUCCUGACCCAGCACGAUCCUUCUUCCCACGCCGACGUAGUCGCCAAAUACUCCAACGCCAGCACAGCAGAUGUGAAGAAGGCUAUCAGUUCGGCACUCGAGGCCAAAGAAGAUUGGGAGGCUCUCCCUUUCGCCGAUCGUGCCUCAAUCUUCCUCAAGGCCGCCGACUUGGUGGCUGGAAAAUACCGAUACGAGAUUAUGGCAGCGACUAUGCUAGGCCAGGGCAAGAACGCAUGGCAGGCCGAGAUUGAUUCAGCAGCCGAAUUGUGCGAUUUCUUGAGGUUCAACGUCAAGUACGCCGAGGACACAUACGGUCACCAGCCUGUACACAACUCACCCGGCGUCUGGAAUCGCGUGGAGUACCGUCCUCUCGAGGGUUUCGUUUACGCUGUGUCGCCCUUCAACUUCACAGCUAUUGGCGGUAACCUUCCUGCUGCACCGGCUCUGAUGGGUAACGUUGUUGUUUGGAAGCCAUCUCCGUCCGCCAUCGCCUCGAACUGGCUCUUGUACCAGAUCCUCAUUGAAGCUGGUCUCCCUCCAAAUGUCAUCCAAUGGGUUCCUGGCGAUGCGGUCGAAGUCACCAAGGAGGUCCUCUCUCACAAGCAGUUCGCUGCUCUCCACUACACAGGCAGCACAGCGGUCUUCCGUCAACUGUAUGGUACGAUUGCCAACGGUGUUGCCGAAGGCAAGUACCAGAGCUACCCUCGCAUCGUUGGCGAGACUGGAGGCAAGAACUUCCACUUGGUCCACCCCAACGUUGAUGUGAACAACGCCGCCAUCCAGACUGUUCGUGGUGCUUUCGAGUACCAGGGUCAAAAGUGCAGUGCUUGCUCGCGCCUGUACGUUCCCAAGUCUGUGUGGCCUGAGUUCCAGAAGAAGAUGGUUGCAGAGACCAAGGCGCUUAAGAUUGGCGACCCGUCUAAGUUUGACAACUUCAUUGGCCCUGUCAUUCACGAGGCCAGCUUCAAGAAGCUUUCUGGUGUUAUAGAUGAGGCCAAGAAGGACAGCGAGCUUGAGCUUCUCGUUGGUGGCAAGUACGACAGCAGCAAGGGCUACUACAUCCACCCUACGAUCUACAAGACCUCCAACCCUAACCACCCUCUGCUGUCCCGUGAGCUGUUUGGCCCGGUCCUCGUUGCCUACGUUUACGACGACGCUGCCCCUGACGCCUUCGCGAACAUCAUCAAGCAGAUCGACGAGACAUCCGAGUACGCUCUGACCGGAGCUGUCUUCGCUAAGGAGAGGAAGGACCUCAAUUUCGCAGAGAACAAGCUCAGGAACGCAGCCGGUAACUUCUACCUCAACUGCAAGUGCACUGGAGCCGUUGUUGGUCAGCAGCCAUUCGGUGGCUCGAGGGCCAGUGGCACCAACGACAAAGCUGGUAGCGCUACCCUGCUAUCCCGCUUUGUCAACAUGAGGUCGAUCAAGGAGGAGUUUGUUCCUACCGAGAAGGUCCAGUACCCCAGCAACGAGGUGUAA